GCAAACUUGUUCAUCACCAACUCGCGUCGGCAGCGAAUUGUUUUUCUGCAUUUCGGAAAAUAAACUUCAAAAGAGUACAAAAAGACCGAGUAAAGACCAAACGUGAGCACUACAAACUACAACUGCCAAGAUGGUGAAACUAACGCCGGAGCUGAUAAACCAGUCGAUGCAAUACAUAAACCCAUGCCGGGAGCGCGAGCUGGAUUUGCGCGGCUACAAGAUUCCACAAAUCGAGAACCUGGGAGCCACUCUGGACCAGUUUGAUACCAUCGACCUGUCCGACAACGAUCUGCGCAAGCUGGACAACCUGCCGCAUCUGCCGCGCCUCAAGUGCCUGCUGCUGAACAACAACCGCAUCCUGCGCAUCAGUGAAGGGCUGGAGGAGGCAGUGCCCAACCUGGGCUCCAUCAUUCUCACUGGCAACAACCUGCAGGAGCUGAGCGAUUUGGAGCCCCUGGCCGGAUUCACCAAGCUGGAAGCCAUCUGCCUGCUCAUCAACCCGGUAUCCACGAAGCCCAACUACCGCGAGUACAUGGCCUACAAGUUCCCGCAGCUGCGGCUGCUCGACUUCAGGAAGAUCAAGCAGAAGGACCGCCAGGCGGCGCAGGAGUUCUUCCGCACCAAGCAGGGCAAGGACGUGCUAAAGGAGAUUAGCCGAAAGUCCAAGAUGAGCGCCGCAGCCGCCAUAGCUGCAGAGGCGGGGAAUGGCAAGGUAAAGGGAUCGGAAGGCGGACGACUGGCCAAUCCGCAGGACAUGCAGCGCAUCCGCGAGGCCAUCAAGCGGGCCAGCUCGCUGGCAGAGGUGGAGCGUCUAUCGCAGAUCCUGCAAAGCGGCCAGCUGCCGGAUAAGUUUCAGCACGAGAAGGAGGCAGUGGCGCAGAACGGGGCAGGGCACAACGGCUCGGGGGCCGUGGCCAUGGAAUACUAGGAUUAAAAUCCGUCGCUCAUCUGUCAGCUACCUUAUAACCGUAGACCAAUAUUUUUUAAUAAAACGCCAAAAGUUGA